CACCCCACCCCACCCCACCCCUCCCUACGUUGUAGACCCCUCACCCUCAUCCUCUCUCCUCCCUCUGCCCCCAGGGCCCCCCCGCCAUGGGCACGGACCCUUUGGACCCUCAGGACCCUCAGGACCCUCAGGGCAGCGCAGCCCCCCCCAGCCUGGCCGGGCAGCUGUAGGGAGGGGCCCCAUGGAGGCUGCGGGGACCCCCCCGACCCCUCCCGGGGUGCUGGCGGUGCAGGACGCCAUCGUCUUCUCCGGGGGGGGAGCCGAGGGGGUGACACCCCCCCUGGCACCCCCCCUGGCAUCCCCCUUGACCCCCACCCUGACCUCCCCGCAGGCACCCCCCCUGACCCCUUCCCAGACCACUCUGGCACCCUCAGUAACCCCCUCCCUGACCCCCGUGACCCCCCCCCAGGCCCCCUCCCCAGCCCCCCCCCAGGCACCCAGCGCCCUCCCCGACGUGUUCUGGGCCAGCCUGGCCCGUGCCCAGCUCUGCGUGUGGGACCUGCAGGGAGCCCUCGAGGGGCAGCCCCCCCCCAGGGACCCCCUACCCCAGCACCCCUGGGACCCCCCCCACUGUGGGGACACGGCCCCUGGCACUGUCCCCCCCCAGCCUGGGGGUCCGGAGGAGAACGUGCAGAGCCUGGGGGUGGAUGGGAGCAGCUUCCAGGAGCUCCAAGGCUGUGAAUCCACGUUGGAGAACAUCUUCCACAUGUCCAUGGAUGGGAAUGUCCCACCCAAGCCCAUGGAUAAGAGCAACUUCCAGGAGCUCCAAGGCCAUGGAUCUACAUUUGAGAGCGUCUUCCACGUGUCCAUAGGGGGGAACAUCCCACCCAAGCCUGUGCUCAUGGAUGGGAGCAUCUUCCAGACAUCCAUGGAUGGGUCCAUCCCACCCAAUUCCAUGCCCAUGGAUAAGAACAUCCCACCCCAGUCUGUGCCCAUGGAUGAGGGCACUUUCCAUGAGGACCAAGGCCAUGGAUCCACACACAGGAGCAUCUCCCUCGUGCCUUCAGGUGGGACCAUCUCCCCAAAAUCUGUGCCCGUGGACAAGAACAUCCCACCCGAGACCUUGCCCUUGGAUGGGAGCGUCUUCCAGGAGGACCAAGGUUGUGGAUACAUUUCUGAGAGCAUCUUCCACAUAUCCACGGGUGGGAGCAUCUCCCCCAGGUCCAUGGCUGUGGGUGGGAGCAGCUCCCCCACGUCCGUGCCCGCGGAUCAGGGAAUCUCUCAGGAACAUGUGACUGUGGAUGGGACCAUCUCACCCAAGCCCAUGGCCAUGGAUGAGACCAACUCGUGCACAGGCAGGAGCAUCUCAGGGGAGACUGUGCCAGAGGGUGGGACCAUCUCACACAUGUCCAUGUCCACGGAUGUGCCAAAGCAUGGGACCAUCUCACCCAAGUCUGUGCCCAUGGGUAGGACCGUCUCUCAGGAGAAUGUGGAUUUGACCAUCUCACCCGAGUCUAUGACCAUGGAUGGGCCCAACUUGUCCAAAUCUGUGCCUCUGGAUGGGACCAUCUCACCCAAAUCUGUGCCUGUAGAUGGGACCAUCUCACCCAAAUCUGUGCCUGUGAAUGGGACCAUCUCACCCAAAUCUGUGCCUGUGAAUGGGACCAUCUCACCCAAAUCUGUGCCCGUGGAUGGGACCAUCUCACCCAAAUCUGUGCCCGUGGAUGGGACCAUCUCACCCAAAUCUGUGCCCGUGGAUGGGACCAUCUCACCCACAUUCAUGCCCACGGGUGGGACCAUCUCUCCAGAGGAUGUGCCCAUGGACGCAACGAUCCCAUCUAUGCCCAUGACCAUGGAUAGGACCAUCCCAUCCAGGUUCACAACCACAGAUGGGACCAUCUCACCUGAAUUCGUGCCCACAGAUGAGACCAUCCCUCAGGAGCACCUGACUGUGGAUUUGACCAUCUCGGCCAAGUCCGUGACCAUGGAUGAGACCAACCUGUCCAAGACUGUGACGAUGGAUGGGACCAUCUUACCCAAAACUGUGCCCACGGGUGGGACCACAACCCCUGAGCCCCGAGCCCCCGAACGCAGCAAAGAGGAGAAGGGUGAGGAUGAUGAGGUUGAUGAUGACGAGGAUGACGAGGAUGACCAUGGCAGCACCUCCCCAGAGGAAGAUGCCGAGGACGAGGAGGACCUGGAGGAGGAGGAGGAACCCCAGUUCCACACCAACCCCCUGUUCCAGAGCCGGCUGGUGGCCCUUGGGGGGGCCCAGGGGGUGCCCCUUUACCGGACCCACAGCGCUGCCUUCGCCGAGGGGGGGGACACCACAGGGGGCACCGGGGCAGAACCGGGGGACCCCCAAACCCCCCCCACACCCACAGCCCUCAGGGGUCACCCCGAAGGGGACAUCGGGGACAUCGCCAUGGAGUGGGGACCCCCCCAACCCUCAGACCAGGCACUCUCCGACCCCCCGGAGCUGCCCCUGGGAUCUGGGAGGGGGCAGCUGGAAUGGGCAGAGCAGGACCCCCCUGCAGUCCCCACCCCUCUGGAGCUCAGCCCAGGUGAGGGGGACUGGGACCCCCCUACACCUCCUGAGCUCACCCCAGAGCAGGGGGGCCUGGACCCCCCCAGUCCCAGGUACCCCCCAGGAGGGGGAGAUGAGGAUCUGCCCCUCCCCAGGCCCCUAACCCCCCCAGAGCCACUCCUGGGAGAGGGGUCUGGGACCUCCACCAGCCCCCCAGUGCCCCCAGAUUUGCCCCAAAAGGGGGGGCAACAAACCCCUCCAGCCCCUCCUGAUUUGCCCCUCAAAGAGGGGCAAGAGACCCCCACAGAUUUACCCCAAAAAGGGGGGUUCCAAACCACCCCAGCCCCCCCAGAUAUGCCACAGAAAGGGGGGUACAAGACCCUCCCCACCCCCUCCGCUUUGUCCCCAAAAGAGGGACACCAAACCCCCCCAGAACCCCCAGAUUUGCCCCAGGCAGGGACACACCAGGCUCCCCCAGCCCCCCCAGAUUUACCCCAAAGAAGGGGGAACCAAACCUUCCCAGACCCCCCCAGUAUGCCUCAGGGAGGGGGAUACGAGACCCCACCAGCCCCCCCAGAUUUGCCCCAAAAAGGGAGGAAUGAAAUCCCCCCAGAUUCCCCCAAUGUGGCCCAAAAAAGAGGGGGGUACCAGACGCCCCCAGCCCCCCUAGACCUGGCCCAAGAAGGAGGGGACCAAACUACCCCAGAUUUGCUCCAAAAAGGGGGGGGGGCACCAGACCCCUCCACCCCCCCCCGAUUUGAACCAAGGAGUGGGGUUCCAGCCCCCCGCAGCCCCCCCAGAUUUGCCCCCAAAAGGGGGGUUCCAGCUGCCUGUCAAAUCCUUGCCCCCCACUGAUUUAUCCCAGGGAGGGGGACACCAGAACCCCCCCAGCCCCCUGACCCCCCUCAAACCCCCCCUCAGCCCCCUUUACCAGCCCCCCCCCCAAGU